AAACUGCAUUUCGUGUGUGUUUUUCUUAUAUUUUUAUUGAAAUUUUAACAAUAACAAGCAUGAAUAAAUUUAAAUAAAUUGUGUUAAAGAAUUUAAGACAGAUUUAGCAUUAAAAAUGUGAAAAUUUAAGCUAAAAACAUGAUUUUAUUACAAGCUUGAAAAAUCCACACAAAAAAAACUUAUUUUUUUUUGAGAAGAGAGCGAGAAAAAAAGUAAUUUUUUUCUUCUUCUACAUGAACACUAGCAACAACAAAAACAACAAACAGCAUAAGUUUUUGUACAAGAGUGUGAAUGUGUGUGAGUGUUUUCUGUUUCAUAUUUAAGAGAAGAGAUAUAAAAAGAUUUUUUUUUAUGGUGAAGAAAUACAAAAAAAAAAUUUAUAAUGUUUGAAUAAAUAUAUAAAAUUAAUUAAAAUGAAGCAAUAAUUAAUGCUGGUUAAGAGGAAAAUUUACAUAAAAUUAAAUUUUCAAGAUUUUUGUUAAGAAAACCAAAACAAAAAAAGGAAAAUUAUAGAAAAAAAAUUACAAAGAAAAAGAAGUGACGUCAAAAGCUAGAAGAAAAAUACUUUUUUUUUACAAAAAAUUCAUGGAGGAGGUGUGUUAAAAAAAAGUGGAAUAUUUAAGAAAAUUUCUAACAAAAAAUUUAUUGAAAAACAUAAAAAUGACGGACUGUCUGGAUUCUUUGCUGACGAGCAUGGUGAAUACCUUUAACUCCGACUGCCCCUCUAAUGCUGAAGUGGAUCUAACCGAUGAUAAGACUUUGAAAUGGCGAAAUUUGUCAAAGAAUCAAUUUGCUGCUAAAGAUAAAGAUAAGAAAAAUUGCCUGAAAUCAUUGACUACUAAUAAUACAACAGCUACUACGUUGGCAGAGGCGCAGCAGACCCAGCCAGAGGAUGAAAAUUUGAAAACACAGGCAAACAGCCAAGAGCAAAAGGUUAAAAAUGAAUUGGAAAAUGAUCGUGUUAGAGCAGGGGCAGGGGGCGAUAAAGAAAAAUUAGUUAGUACAAGUGAAGAAAAUAUAGAGCAAACAUUCAAAGAGCUAGUAGAAGAGGUGGAGGAGGAGGAGGCUAAUGAGGAGCAAAAGAAAAAAGAAACCACCCCAGAAAAGGCCACAAAGUCCGAACAAUUAUUAUUAUUAAGCUGUAAUAAUAAAGCAAAGGAAAUACAAAAUAAUGUUAAUAAUAACAACAACAACAAUAGUAGCAAAACCAAUCAAAAUCAAGGUCAGCCAGUUUCUACGAAACAAGCCAAUACCCCAACAGCAGCAACAACAACAACAACUACUACUACAACUACAGCAAACAAUCAAACUGAACUGAAACAGCAGCAACAACAAUUAAUUACUACAAAUACAACAAAUGUUAAGCAACCACAACAAGAAGAAUUAACAAUAAAAAUCGAAAAUAUUGAAAAACAAAAAGAAAUUUUAACAAACAAAACAAAAACAAAAGCCGACGACCAACACACAACAACUACAACAAUAACACCAGAAGAAGCAGCAGCAUCUCAAACAGCUAUCAUAAAUAUAUGUUCUCCCUCUCCCAAAACACUUGUUGUUAAAACAUCUCCACCAACAAUAAUAACAACAACAACAGAAGCAAACACACAGCCAGCUGCCCCCAACAUAAACAAACAAAAACAUCCUUUAAACAAACAACAACAAACUGAAAAUACGGUAAACAAUGAAAAAGAACAAGCAGAAGAUGGUAAAGAAAUAGAAAAAGAACAAGCAGAUGAUGGUAAAGAAAAAGAAGCAGCAUCCAUCAUCACACCCCCACCCAAACAAAAACAACAACAAGAAAAUCAACAAACAAAUAACACCGUUAAACAAGCUAAUGACGAUGAUGAUGAUAAACACACGAACUCUUCGGCCUCCAUAAUAAAACCGAAUGCGCAAACGUUAAAAAACAACAACAACUGCAAUACUAUCACCACCACCCUCUCCACUACAAAUAUUGCAGCAGCUACUACUAGCAGCCCCCUCAAAAGCAUAACUAAUAAUAACAACAACAAUAAGGAAUUUUGUAAUUCAAAUGAUAAUAAAACAGAAAACAAUAACGGUGCAGCAACAACAACAGCAAAAAUUAAUGAGAGUGCUGGCAGUAGUUGUAGUAUUAAUGAUGGGGAAGUUGUUUCUUAUAUAGAAAAUCAAACUAAAGAGGUGCUUCAUAGCAAAAACAAUAACAACAACAACAAUACUGCUGCUAUUUCUGUGGCUCUACAAAAUGAUGGCGAUAAUGUAGAUGUUAAAGGGGAGCAGCAGCAGGCUAAUAAUGAUGUUAAAGGUGUUAAAAAUACCCCACUGGAUGCCGGUAUCACCUUAAGCGAAAGUCUGCCAAAAUCUGUAACAGAUUCGGUGGAAUUAUCGACCACUAAUCCAGCAGAGUCGCAUGCCAACCUCAUAUCUGAUGAUAACAAACCAUUGGCUGAUAAACAACAGCCCCCUUCUAAACGUGGUAGAGGCAGAACAAAAAAAUAUUCGACCACAGAUACCGAUAACAGUGCUACUACUUCUCAGCCUCAUACGUCCAACACCAAUGAUUUACCACCUACAACGGAACGUCACAGUUCCCCUCUCAAUAGUGAACGUAAAUUGACACGCAAACGUAAAAAUCCUCAGGAGGAGGAUGUAGAAAUGGGUGGUCUUCUAAGUAAUAAAUCGGAAGAUGAUGAGGGCAAAAGAACUAGGCGUAGUGAACGUUUGUGCAAUCGUUUGGAUGGCUUUAAAAUAUUCGAAGAAGACAAGGAACCUGAGGAAUCUAAAAACAAUGAAAGUAAUGAUUCUCCUACCAGAAAAACACUAAGACUAACAGUUGAUGAGAAAACUCCACCUAAAAAACGGGGACGCAAGGCAAAAGUACAACUGGAAAUGGGGAAAUUACAGCAGCAGCAAGACAAUGAACAAAUUUCAACCACAACAACUAACACUAACUUUAAAAAACAUAACCCCGAAGCAGCUGUUAUAGUGCCCAAACGUUCGCAGCGGCGCAUAAAACCCACAACCAAAAUUUUGGAAAACGAUGAGCUGCGCUAUGAGUUUGAGACCAAGAAUAUAGUAAGAAUGACUGCCCAAAAUUGGAAUAGCUCAGAACAGCAACAGCAAAAUGACUCUACCACGCCCACACAUCAAAUUGUCACACAAAAUGAGCAGACCACCACCACAAAUUCCAAGCAGAAGAGUGAAAAAUCCGACAACAGCAAUGACAGCCAUCCCACAGGCACUAGUAAUAUCAAAAAGAAGCUUUUUCCCUGCCCGGACAUUAAAAAGUUCCUGCAGGAAAUAAAAUCGGGCAAAUGGAAUCUAAAUCGCUCACCCGAAGACAAAAAGCUAAGCAAGAAACAGCAGCGCAAGCUGAACAAACAAAAGGAUAAAUAUUUCGAAAGAAUGGGCCUAAGACGCAAUGUCAGCAAUGAGUCUAGUGACAAUGACAGUUUAAGUGACAAUGCCGAGUUUGUGCCCACCACUCGAGUGCAAGUGGGCAAACCUAGUGUUACUUUAAGGGGGCGCAAAGACACCACCACCACACAGCCUGCCCCAGCAGCAGUUGCUGCCACACACAGAUCGGUUUCCUCCUCAUCGACACCGCCCCAAACUAGAAGAACACAAAGACAGAAAACCAAUCAAACCCAAAACGACAAAGUGGUGGAAUUAAAGUCUUUAAAUGCUUCAGUAGUAGCGGAAAAUACAACUACUACCUCUAUACCGGCCACCUCUGUGCAAAAUUCUUCUUCAAAUUCCUCCUCUACGGCAGCAGUAGCGGAAGUUGCGGGAAAAUCUUCAUUUGAUUGUUUAUGCCAUAUCACCUCCAACUAUUGCACGCCCAUGAUUAAGGAGACCCAAUAUUGUUGGGCUAUCGACAAUAUAGAUGAGGAAAAGGUGGGCUGUUCUAAUCAAUUAACGGGUGAAGUGUUAAAUUUGUUUAGGGCCAGCCAAAGAUCGGUCUAUAUGGUGUUGUGUGAGGAACAUCAGAAGAGAUUAAAGGCUCAUAACUCGUGUCCGUCGUGUGGCAUAUUUUGUACGCAGGGAAAAUUUAUCUUGUGCAAACAAAAACACUUCUUUCAUGCCGCCUGUGCCCAGCGCAUUGUGCUCAGCUCGAAAUACGAUCCCCAACAACCUGCCUCGAAGAAUGCUAGUCGUACAUUGGUGCUGAAAUGUCCUCACUGUGGCCUGGACACAACCGAACGCACCUCCACCAUCACCAUGAAAACCCAAACCGUGCCCAUAUUCCAGGCCACACAAAAACCCCUGACAACCUCGCUAGCCAACAAUAAUAGUGUCACAAAUUCCUCGCUUAAUCUGCUGGGCAGUACAAAUAGUCCUGCUUCUUUAAGUUGGUCUACAAGUGUUAUAAGGCCGUAUGUUAAUAUCAACUAUGACAAACUAAUACCCGAGUCUGUUAUGAAUGUGGUGAAUGCCCGAGGACGCACUUUACAGGCACACAAUCAGGUGACGGAAUUCACCACCAAAGACAUGUAUUAUGCGGUGAAAAAUGAUGAUCUCGAAAGGGUGGCGGAGAUAUUGGCCUCCAAUUAUGAUGUCACAACUUGCAUGCGUGAGUUUUACCACGGCACAUGUUUGCAUUUGGUGGCCCAUUAUGGCACCAUACAAAUGGCCUAUUUGUUGUUGUGCCAGGGUGUUGGCUCUGAUUUUAUAAAUAUGAUGGAUCGUGAGCUACGCACGGCCAUUAUGUGUGCUGUCAAGGAGGAAAAAUGCAAUAUUGUUAAUCUGUUUAUACAAAAUCGUGCUGAUUUGGCUUUAAGGGGUCCCGAUGGCCAUACAGUUUUACAUAUUGCAGCACGUACUGGUAACUUGGAAAUUCUUAAGUUAAUCGUUCAUAGUUAUAAGGCCAGUAAAGAUGUCUCACAAUUUCUAAGUUUCAUUAAUGCCCAAGAUGAUGGCGGUUGGACGGCCAUGGUCUGGGCAGCAGAAUUGGGUCACACGGAUAUCGUAAGUUUACUAUUGCAACAAGGUGCUGAUCCAAAUAUCUGCGAUAAUGACAAUAAUACCGUGUUACACUGGGCGGCAUUACAAAAUCAUGACUUGGAUACAAUAACAGUAUUAUUAAAGGCGGGCAUUAAUUGUAAUAUACAAAAUGUGGAGGGUGAAACGCCGCUACAUAUUGCCUGCCGUCUGUCGAGUAAAAAACUCUGCCUUUUACUCAUUUUCAAUGGUGCCGAUUUAAUGCUGCGCAAUCGUUCCGAUGAGCUGCCCUACGACUGCAUACCCGAUGAACAUUCUGAUUGUGCCCGCCAUGUGGGCUUUCAAAUGGAAAUGCAUGCUUUACAUCGCCGUCGUUCGAAUAUUGUGUGUGGCGAUAUCAGCAAUGGUAGGGAGUUGUGUCCUAUACAAGCAUUGCGUAAUGAAAACAAUGUGGUGCCCGUGGAAGAAGCUGAUCAAUUGAUGUUGCCCGAUUUUCGCUACAUAACUGAUACCAUAAUUUUACAGAAUUCCGUACAAAUCGAUCAAAGGGUAUCACAAAUGCGUAUUUGUAAUUGUGCCGAUGGUUGUACCACCGAUCGCUGUCAAUGUACGGGAGCUUCUGAUCGCAGCUGGUAUACAGCAGAAGGUCGUCUCAGUGCUGAUUUCAAUUUUGAAGAUCCUGCUGUUUUAUUCGAGUGCAAUGAUGUCUGCAAUUGUAAUAAGCGCUUUUGCAAAAAUCGUGUAGUACAAAAUGGCAUUACCAUACCUCUGCAAGUUAUCGAAUGCGAGGACACCACCAAGGGCUGGGGUGUACGCACUAUGGUCCAUAUACCCAAGGGCAGCUUUGUGGCCGUCUAUACGGGUGAGAUUCUCACGGAAAUGGAAGCUGAUCGUCGCAUGGAUGAUUCAUACUUUUUUGAUUUGGGCCACAAUCAUUGCAUCGAUGCCAAUUACUAUGGCAAUGUUAGUCGUUUCUUUAAUCAUUCGUGUGAGCCGAAUAUAGUGCCAGUUAGGGUGUUUUAUCAGCAUCAGGAUUAUCGUUUUCCGAAAAUUUCGUUUUUCACCUGUCGUGACAUAGAGGUGGGAGAGGAGAUUUGCUUUGACUACGGCGACAAAUUUUGGUCCAUCAAAAAUCGUUAUUUCACCUGCAAAUGCCAGUCCACCACUUGCCGUUACCCCAGUUUACUUUUGGAAAAUGGUGAUGAAGAAAUGGAAGACCAAGAAAUGCGGCCGGUCACUAUUAACGAAAGUCAAACAAUAACAGUAACAUCUUCAUCCACUUCAUCACCCUCAACAGCCAGCAACAACUCAGCGCAUCAACAGCAGCAAAUAAUGCAAGCUGAACUUUUGCUACCCAACAACAAUGAACUCUCUAUAAUUCCUAUUAACCCCUCCACUUCAUUAGCCUCGUUGCCCACAAACACCACCAACGGAACUCCUUAGCUCAUGGACAUACAAAACUAUUCCAUUAUUAUACUAUACGAAAGUUAAGAAAACUUUCGUUAACUCCUUCUUACUUAAACAAAUGCGUUUCUUUCUCCUUC